UGGGGUCAGCUGGGCGUCUGCAGUCGCGGGGACCCGGCGGGACGAGCGGGAUGGCGGCGGCGGCGGCGGCGGCGGGCGAGGCGCGCCGGGUGCUGGUGUACGGCGGCCGGGGCGCGCUGGGCUCGCAAUGCGUGCAGGCCUUCCGGGCCCGCAACUGGUGGGUUGCCAGCAUCGAUGUCGUGGAGAAUGAAGAAGCCAGUGCCAGUGUCAUUGUUAAAAUGACAGACUCGUUCACAGAGCAAGCUGAUCAGGUGACUGCUGAGGUUGCAAAGCUCUUGGGCGAGCAGAAGGUGGACGCCAUUCUUUGUGUGGCCGGAGGAUGGGCCGGGGGCAAUGCCAAAUCCAAAUCUCUCUUUAAAAACUGUGACCUGAUGUGGAAACAGAGCAUGUGGACGUCGACGAUCUCCAGCCACCUGGCCACCAAGCACCUGAAGGAAGGAGGCCUCCUGACCUUGGCCGGUGCCAAGGCCGCCCUGGACGGCACUCCUGGGAUGAUCGGCUACGGCAUGGCCAAAGGCGCCGUCCACCAGCUGUGCCAGAGCCUGGCGGGGAAGAACAGCGGCAUGCCGCCCGGGGCCGCCGCCAUCGCCGUGCUCCCGGUGACCCUGGACACCCCCAUGAACAGGAAGUCGAUGCCUGAGGCCGACUUCAGCUCUUGGACGCCCUUGGAAUUCCUGGUCGAAACCUUCCACGACUGGAUCACCGGGAAAAACCGGCCGAGCUCAGGCAGCCUGAUGCAGGUGGUCACCACGGAGGGAAAGACAGAGCUCACCCCGGCGUACUUUUAAGCUUCGUCUCGGUGCCUGAGAGGGGCCUGCCAGAUCCGUCGCCAACCUGUCCCUCCCCGUGCGGCCACGUCUGGCCGCUUGUGUCCCGAGUUUCUGUUCGUGGUACGAGAGACGUCCCUGUGAACUAACCCGCGAGGCGGGCUGGCGGCUCGCGUCCCGUGCGUCCACGCGUGCUCCUGUGGGGUCGCCUUCCAGCCGCUCCUCGGCCCUGACAGUGGCUGCCACCUUGGGAGUUGAGGGUGCGCUGGUAUGGGGGGGGGCGGUGCGCACGUGUUGAGGGCUGCGUUGUAUUUGAGUGUUGUUCAUGUCAUGGUUGUAGUUUUGUGGCCUCACGUUAAACUGCCUUAAAGACCGUGUGUGUGGUAGAAGCAACAGCUCCCAGCUCUGUCCUGUGUCCCUUUCUUGAGCAGCUGCCGGGUGCCUGGGCUGGGCUGAGUGUUCAAGAGGAGCACUUGGGAGUGUUCUGCCUCGUAAACACGCCUGGUGUGUGGUG